CCAGGUGUCUCGAGACGAGCUUUCCGAUGGCUGUGAUCCAUUUCCUUCCACAUCUGAGAGAAGCGCUUCACCUCGUGAGCCUCUGACAGCAGAGAACAGGAAACCAAGUGAUGCGUCACAGCAGCUCAUCACAUCAAUAUAAUGUACCCAGGGUCAUUCUAUCUGUACCAGGGUCCUUGGGCAGAAGUCCCGUGAUGCUCCACCACUGAACCAGCCGCCCCAGAAAGAAACCCCAAAAGACACAAUGGACCUCUGGCAGUUUGAUGUCAAGCGUUUAUGAAAACAACUGUCAUGUCAAAUACCAGCCAAACCAUCAUGCUGGUCCAGCUGUAUAUGCAUCGUGUGUACCGUGCCAGAGGCGGGCUGAACCAGGCUGCCGUCCGGCCCACCGGGCCAGAGUGAGCAAGUUCCUCAGUCUCUGCAGCAGCAUGUACACCCCGUCGAAAGAGCCACGGUCCAGAAACAUCCAAAGGCCCUGGCAACGGCUGAGACCUGGGAGAAGACACAAUGUGUGAACAUAUAUACAUAUAUAUAUAUAUAUAAAUAUAUAUAUAUAUAACCAGGUGGGUCGCUCCCUCGUUGAGGCUCCUCCAGAACAUCUGGAUUUCAUCCACAUGUGAAGAAGAGCACAAGAUCUGUAAAAUAGCCUCUCUGUCUCCCUGAUGAACACACAGCUGCUACAAAUGAGCUAAUCAGCAGCUCCAGGAACACAAACACAUGCCCUGUUUCCACGGCAACACGUGAAACACAUGCAAUGCAUUGUGGGAGGAGAAAAAGAGAAAGGUGGGUGUGUCUGAAGGAAGGAAGGAAGGGAACGGAAGGAAGAUAGGAAAGGAAGAAAAGAAUGGUAGGAAUGAAGGGAGGGAGGACAUCCCAGCUGCUACAAAUGAGCUAAUCAGCAGCUCCAGUAACACACACACAUGCCCUGUAACCAUGGCAACAAGUGUAACACAUGCAAUAGUUGUGGGAGGAGAGAAAGCGAAAUGAGGGUGUGUCUGAAGCAGGAUGGAAGGAAAGGAAGGAAGAUCUAUUGCACAACAACAGAUUGAAUUGUCAUUAUUUUGAAAGUUGUAACGAUCGUUUUGAUUCUCAAUACAUACGUGGUUUGGUUGUCCGGUAGCUCACUUCCCUUGUGGUCAGCACAGCGGUCAGUCUGUCUGUUCUUGUGGGUUAGCCGACUGGCCCGGUGGCUACGCUCCAUCCUCCUCUUACACAAACUACUUUGGUACAUGUUAAUCCACUAAUCUCACUCUCAGUUCACUUUUCAUUGGCCGAUUUGGUGGUCAGUGAGGGAGUGUGUGUUGGAAUUAAAAUUGGAAACAGAAAAGUUAAGAUCAGCCAGGACGAUGGAUAGAGGUGGAAAUGAACUUCUGGCAGGACGGAGGGAGGAAAGCUACUCGGCUCGCUCCCUGCUGGCCACACGCCAGCCAGUCGAAUAGCAAGGCCGCGUUUACUCCUGCUGUGACAUCACUAUGACAUCACUAUGACAUCACUCAUUGUGGACAAACAAACACAGCACACCUAUAGCGCUGCAAUGAUCCAAUGAAUUAAACAUCUGAAGACAUUAACUUCUACUGGGAUUAAACCAUAUAUAACGGUCAAUUUUAUGACAUUUUAAAAAGACAAAACAAUUCAUUAAGAAAAUUAUUGGCAGAUUACUUAAUGAAAAUAAUUAUUUUCUGCAUCAGGAGCGGAGUACAGCGGCAGUGUUUCCUUCCAUAGUCGCGUCAGUGCGUAUAAACCCUUCAUGACCUUUACGUAUUUCUCCAGCUCGCGUGUGUGUGUGUGUGUGUGUGUGUGUGUGUGUGUGUGUGUGUGUGUGUGUGUGAGGGCAGCACAUGUUGACGUAUUGUUAGUUAAAAAUAAUUAAUUUAGACUUCUUUCCGUGGACAUAAAUUAAUUUGUAUUUGUGUUGAUUAACUAUAAAAUAUCACUUUUUAGAAUGUCCAGAAGGAUGUCUACUCUUUUUCCUAUACUAUGACCCCCCCUCACACACACUCACACAAUGGCCAUCAACCAUUACUGUCACAGUACUGGGACAAUCAGAUUUGCGGAGGUGGCAGAAGGUGGGUCCAAAUCCCUCUCGGACCCAGAGGGUUGAUAAAUGAUUAAGGGGAUUAGGAUGAGGUUCAGGACUGUGCGCCUCGUCUCUGAUGCUGUCGGGGCUGCCUUCCUACCAUCUGUGUCACAACAACUACUCUCCUCGCUCAGGAACACAUGUGAGGAUGUCUGAAGGAAAACAAACUGAAAAUGAGAGGAGAAUAAUGACGCAUGUGCAGGGGGACCUCUGACCUGGAUAAGAUCUGCUGCAUCUACAGCGUAACCAUAAUGCAGCGUCCACACCAUAUCCAUCACGACUACCGGGCUAAGCUGCUUAUGACAGGACCUUCAGAGAAGUGCACAACCACCAAUCUCCCUCCCCUUGGUCCCCCACAGUUCCUCUCCCCUGCUGCUCUACCCGCGUCCCACCAUUAAUCCCCCUUCGACUUAAAAGAAAUCGCCGGGGAGAUACACACGAUGGCGGUCUUGAGACUGACGUUCACCAAGAACAAGAGAGACAAGCUGGCUCAGGUGCUGUGGAUCCUGAACUGGAUCUCGGUGUUGACCGGGAUCCUCCUGUUCAGCCUGGGGCUCUUCCUCAAGGUGGAGAUCAACAAGCGAGAAGAGCUGAUGGCCGAGCGGCACAUCCAGUCCGUGCCCAACAUGCUGAUUGCCGUCGGCCUCAUCGCCUGUGCCAUAAACUCCCUGGGUGGAAAGAUCUGCUACGACUGCGUGGACACCAAUAAGUUCCUGCGCUGGAAGCUGAUCAUGCUGCCGUACAUAAUAUGCACCUUCUUCUUCACCUUCUGCGUGCUGGUCGGCGCUCUGAUGUGUUACAGCAUGCGUGGGGCGCUAGAGGAGUCUCUGAACCUGGGGCUGACGGAGGCCAUCAAGUUCUAUAAGGACACGGACAUACCGGGACGAUGCUUCCUGAAGAGAACGGUGGACAUGCUGCAGAUGGAGUUCCACUGCUGCGGGAACGAUGGGUAUCAAGACUGGUUUCAGAUACAGUGGAUCAGCAACCGCUACCUGGAUAUGUCCCAGAAGGAGGUGGUGGACCGACUCCGGAGCAACGUGGAGGGGAAGUACCUGAUGAGCGGCGUCCCCUUCAGCUGCUGCAACCUCAACUCCCCGCGGCCCUGCAUCCAGCAGCACGUGACCAACAACUCGGCGCACUUCAACUACGAGCACCAGACCGAGGCGCUCAACCUGUGGACGAGAGGCUGCCGGCAGGCGCUGCUGGAGCACUACACCCGCAUCACGCGCUCCAUCGGCCUCACCGUCCUCCUCACCUGGCUGUUUGAGCUGUCCGUGUUGACAGGGGUUCGGUACCUCCAGACCUCUCUGGAAAACGUGCUGAGGCAGGGCGACCUCGACUCAGAGUCUGACGGCUGGCUGCUGGAAAACAGCUUCAUGGAAACAGCCCGCGCCAACCUGAACAUCAUCAAGUGCCUCGGCAAGAGCAACCAAAUAGACACGGCCAACAAUGGAGACCCCAACAUUAACGUCCCCUCCACCUCUAAAGCGCACUAUGGGCCGGACAAUGUGCCACUGAAGGAGAUACCUGAAGCCAGUUGACCUCUCGGGCCUCACUCAACAACACCCUCGAAGCCUCAUGAGUAAGGGCCUUUUCCCAGAUACUUGAAAAGAGUUGUUUGUUACUUGUUUUUUUAUCCAUAGGAAUCAGGAAUUACAAAUAAGAAAUACCUAUAUAAAAAGGUGUGUGUGUGGAAACUGAGUUAUAUUGUAAUACAUACAUUAUAAUACAUGUUCUAGUAUGAUGGGGUAGAUCUUUUCCCAAAUGCAGACAAUGCCUUGACUUUUUACAACCAUUAUUGAAUCAAACUUUCCAAACACAUGUUCCAUUUUUGAUGAUGCAAAAAUAUCCAAACACCCACCACAAAUGCACAUUGUGUUUUGAACAUCCGUACUGUAAUCUGUUGUUUACUCGUGAUCUAUCGUUGCCUGUGUGUCAUGGCUUUGCCCACAACUGUGUCAUACACCACCAGUCAGUUACAAAACUGGAGAAAAUGAACUUGAACUGUAUUUUUGUUUGAUGAAUACAAAUAAGUAAUGUACGUCAGAAGUGUACGCCCACAUUGCUUUGCAUGGUUCUCAGUGUGAUAGCAAAGGCAGGAAAGAGUUUAAACUAUUACACUUACUGUAGCAAGAAUUAAGGAUAUUUGAAUUGAAAUCCAUAAAUCUAGUUGCAGUGAGCUAUGGCCUCAAGUUUAAUCCGUUUUACCGUAUUAAGCUUGAGUUUUACAUUAGUUGUUUCAAUGGAUGCUUUCUGCGCAUGUUACUGGACUUCAGGAAUCAAAGUAUCAACGUGAUAAAAUAAAUAUAUUCAUGUCCA